AUGGACCGCAGGCGGAUAGCGUUGGGGCUCCAACAAGGGCUUGGUUUCGAGCCAGAAUUCAACGGGUUACAAAAUACCUCGAGGGGAAUGCCAGUUAAUGAAUCUGGUCAAUCUACAAAUGCUGUUGGUAUGGUUCCAUCGGGAAAUAUUGGUAGCAAUGGCCAGUUUUUGAGGAGGUCAUCAAGGAAGUCUAUGUCUCGUGGCAGCCUUGGCUCAGGAUCAGGGGCUGGUUCCGCCGGUAAUGGGGUCAUAGGACCAAGUAGUUUUGACACUGAUCUAAAUUUUGCAGACGACGGAAUUUACCUCAGUGAUUUAGAAAUGGCUAAUAUCACUUCAGAACUAGAAGAAAGUGAGAAUCGUCGACAAGCUGGUGUAGGUGUUGGUAGACCCUCUCCGCUCGACCGGAAUGGCUUAGAAAUGGCAAUGAGUCUUGGUCAACAGGGGCCCAUAACUCGAGGAAGAGCAUCUAUCUCUCGAUCGAAUGCAAAUUCUUCUCAAUACUUGGAUACUACUGGUAGUGGAAGAAUGUCCAUUGACAGGUUAGAAUCACCUGAUACUCAACCAGUUACUUCUCAGCCCCUGUGGUCUUUAUCAUAUGAUCCUGUUACAACACUUGAUAACAGCAGCCGAAGAUCAUUUGGUCGGACAAGUGAUAGCAGUGCUAGUGGCUCGAGAGUGCAACCUAUUAUCGGCGGCAGUGGUGGUGCUGUUUCUGGCGGCCGUAGUAACUCUGGAGGUGAGAACUUGACCCGUGCGUCUGGAGGAAGUGUUUCUAAUACACCUGGUGGUGGCCAUGAAACAGAUUCGUCAAAUGAUGAGUUUCUGUCCUUUGCUGGGGAAUCUCAGCAGCAACGAAGGUCACUUCUGUUACAGCAACAGAUGACUCCUUAUGAUAACCAGCCUCAACAAAUACGUUUUCCCACGUCGAACUCUGUUAUGAACUACGACCAACCUAGGGGUCGCUCAAGAGUGAGUAACUCGUCAAUGGCCCAACAGCAACAGCAGCAGCAACAGCAGCAACAAAGACAGCAAAAUGCUUUACUUCAGCAGCUUGAUCCAUUACAAUCACAUAUGCCACAUCAGUCUUUAACUCAGUCCCAUCUACAAAACCAGAACCAGAGGAUUGUUCAACCACAGUACCAACGAGUUCAACCUUUAAUAUCUGUGCCUGUAAGGUCGUCAUCUGUUGAUUCCCGAAAUCAGAGACCUCAUAAUAUGAUAUCAGCUGGUCAUAUCCACCAGCGACAACCUAGAUACCCUUCUCAUCCUCACACUGAGCAACACUCCCACUCGACUCCAUAUUAUGACAGGGAAGGAUCUGGGUCUGGCGACGAGCAAACCCAGCAAGUUCGCCCCGAAGACCCUAUUUCUAUUAGACGGAAAAAGUACAAGCCCAAGUCAUCUAUACCUCCGGAUCUUAGUAGCUCGAACUAUGCUGAACAAUGUGCAGCAGCAGCCAUCUCUUCACGACUUAAUCCCUACCGAUUACAUGUUGAUGAGUAUAAUAUUCUGCGAUCUCAUUUGAGCUACGUACAUGUCACUACUUAUCUGAACAUUCGUAAUGGAAUCCUUCGAUUAUGGCUUUCGAACCCAAUUGUCAAGGUGACUAUGUUCGAGGCAGCAGGAUGCGCGAGAGAUGAGCGAUUUUAUGGACUUGCUGAAUUUGCGUAUGAAUGGCUCGUUCGAAAUGGCUAUAUUAAUUUUGGCUGUUUAGAGUACCCACUAAGUAACAUCGAGCAAUCUGUGGACUACGAACAUCCUUUGAAACCUCGACCUACCAUUGUUAUUAUUGGAGCGGGUAUUGCUGGUUUAGGAUGUGCUCGCCAGCUUGAUAGUUUGCUUAAUAGAUACGCUCAGAACUUCACUGGUGAGUACGAAGACAUCCCUCGAAUUAUUGUGUUAGAAGGUAGAAGACGAAUCGGAGGGCGUAUAUACUCCGCCCCACUUAAAAGCGAUCAUAAUUGCAUGGUUGAUCUCGGCGCACAAAUUAUCAUGGGUUAUGGUGAUGGUAACCCACUUGGAGUUCUAGUUCGUCGGCAGCUGGGUCUUCCUAUUCUGCCAAUGGACCCACCUUCCGGUUUAUGCGACAGUGUCAACAAUGAACAGGUACCUGAAGAAAUAGAAGACAGAGCCCAUAGAUUAUACGGGCAUUUGCUAAAAAAGAUGGCUCAGUUCAAGAACGGUAUGCCUGAACCAAGUACUGUUCAGGGUGAUGAGGUACUGAUGAAUGCAGCUAAGGACCCUAGUACCCGAGACGAAUUCCAGGAAAGCCAAACAAUUGCAAAAUUAGAGGAAAACGGCGAAUUACCUAAACCAUAUGAGGAUCCUGGAUUUAUUGACGAGGGCAGUAAAUAUGGAACUGAUGAACAAGAAACACAGGAAGAGUUCAAAUUUCUAAAAAGCAUUGGAAUUGAUUCAAAAAAGAUAUCAUCUCGCAAGACGAUUCAUGUUGCACCUGAACCUCAAGGCGAAAUGUACCCGUCUCUCGGUGAGACUUUGACUGGUCUCCUUGGUCAACUCAACGAACUGGCUCAACUGACUCCUCAAGAUAUCCGUCUUGUUAAUUGGUAUCUCGCUAAUCUCGAAUACUCUACAGGAACUAAUUUGAAUAAUUUGAGUCUUUCCAGUUGGAAUCAAGACGAUGGACAUGAUUUUUCGGGCCGCCACUCGGUGAUUCGUAACGGAUACAUGUCUCUUCCGCGUGGUCUAUACGUUUACCCAGAGAAACUUGACGUAAGAUUUAAAACCAGUGUGAAAGUGAUUGAGUAUCAUGACGACUACUCAGAUGUGUUCUUGGAAAAUGGUGAAAAGAUUCAAGCUGACAGAGUUAUUGUAACUGUGCCGCUAGGUAUUUUAAAGGAUAGAACGAUCCAGUUUAUUCCAGACUUGCCUCAAUGGAAAACUGAUAGUAUUGAGCGAUUGGGAUUUGGUGUUACAAACAAGGUAUGUAUACUGAAAGAAGGAAUCAAGAUUGGAAGUAAACGAUACUAA